GUGUUCUUUUCUCCCUUUCCCCUUGUUUGUUUUUGUUUGUAGAGUUGAUGUUGAAUGCUGGAGGCUGGAACUUCUUGCUGAAAGCCCUCUGUCAUGUGUAGUUGAUGAUGAUUUAUUGAAUGGAUGAGUGAAUGAUGGAGUGAGUGAUCAAUGACAUCUGUAUUAUCUCCAGUGCUUCGCUCAACAAUCAGUUCGUCAUGGGUGUACACGGACUCUGGAAGCUUUUGGAGGCUGCCGGGAAGCCUGUACCCCUUGAGAGUCUGGAGAAUAAAGUUUUAGCAGUCGAUGUUUCCAUUUGGUUGCAUCAAAUGAUGAAGGGUUAUCAGGACUCCAGGGGCGCGCCUGUUGCCAAUGCACAUCUUCUUGGGUUGUUUCAUCGAGUCUGCAAACUAAUGUUCUACAAAAUCAAACCUGUGUUUGUGUUUGAUGGUGGUGUUCCCCUUCUCAAGAAGCAAACCAUUGCUGCCCGUAGGAAACAAAAGGCACAAGCAUCUCAAAAUGCGUCGGAAGCCAAGGAGAGGCUCCUAAAAAAUCUUGCCAAGAGAAAAGCAGUUCGACAAAUGCUUCAUGGAUCAGAAGUUCCUGCAGAGACUCAGACUGAUAUUGCUCCUCGAGAGGACAUGUUUGAACUACCUCCUCUACCUGAAAAUGCACUAGAUUCGGGAUCUGAAGAUGAGACUCAAGAAAAAUUGAAAGCUUUCAUGGAGAGUAGUGAGUUGGCCAGUGAUAGUGAUAGUGAGCCUGAUGUAAAGCCCAGCAGCUCCCAGCUGGCACAUGGAUUUAAGGUGGAUUUGCAUACUCUUGAUGUCCAUAGUGAAGAAUUUCUUUCGCUUCCUCCUGAUGUCAGACACGACAUUUUGAGUGAUCUAAAAGAAACAAGGAAACAAAAUUCGUGGGGUCGUAUUCACGAAAUGCCAGAGGAAUCAGGUGAAUUCUCCAAUUUUCAGCUUGGUCGUCUUCUGAAAAGACGUAAUGUACAAGUGUCAUUGGAACAAGCUGAAAAGGAGAUGGGUGGAAAAGUAAUGCGAAUAAACGAAUUACAAGAGCUGAUGGCUGCGCAAGGUGUAGAAAUUAUUGAGGACAAUACCGUUAUUGGUUCCUCUUCCCAAAGAAUUGCUUCAGACUCUAAAACUCGCUUUAUUCUUUGCAAAGAUCCCACUGGCCCAGCCCAAAGCACUCAACAAUCUGAUUCUUCAAAGACUGAAGUAAAAGAGGUCGAAGAAACUGAAGAUAACCCAUUGUACAAUGAACAAGUGGAAUUCAUUGCACAAAUGGCUGAAAAUAUGAUGCAAAAAAUUGUCCAAACUCAGCAGGAAAAGCAUGUAAGCCACGAACUGGUACCUAAGAAAGCUAAAGCAUUCACUGAGACUAGUAAAGAGGAGCUUGAAGGUUUACCAGACAAAAUACUGUUAGAUAGUUGGUCUGAUGAUGAUGAUGAUGAUGAUGUGAACAGUAUUGGAUUGAGUACAGUUAAAAAUCAGAAAAGAAAAUCGGAAAGUAUUUCCUCUGAUGUUGAAUCAAAGCACAACUCAAGUGAUACAAGCCCUCCUCAAAAGGUCUUGAUACUUAAUGAAAGUAGUAUUUCAGACAAUGAGGAUCUUGGGAAAAAUUCUGAAACUAGAACUCUCAGAGAUAAUGAAUCACAAAACAAAUCUGAUUCAAGUACUGCAGUAACUGGCCAAUCUCUUUUAAGUGUAGAUGAAAAGAAUAGAAAAGAGAGACAAGGUGAAGAAAAGAAACUUGAAAUAAUUGUAUGCCCAGGAGAAAAACCAGAAGAUGACAUAUUUGCAGACAUCUUUCAAACCAAGCCAUUUGAGAAUAAAGUGGAAAAACAGAACAGUUCGAAAAUCAAGCCAGUAGUGAAAUUAGAACAAUCGUUUGAUAUAAACUCAAAACAAAUGAAAAAUCAUAAGAGUGAUUCCCAAGAAUUUGUUAGCUCCAUUUCUGUUUCAAAGAAGCCUCUAGAAAUAGUUAUAAAAGCAACAAGUGCCCCAGAAGAUGACAUUUUUGCAGAUAUCUUUAACAAUGAUCAAACUGAGAUACUCACUUCAGUAAAGAUAGAGGUUGAUUCUAAUAGUGAACCUGAAAGUUUAGAAAAAAUUUCAUCCAGCGAAAGUGAAGGUGAACAAGAGAAUAUUGGACCUUAUCCCAAAUCUCACUCUGAUGCAAGAAUGGAAGUGAUGAUUAAAGAAGAGGAUAACAAUAUUGAACAAACUGAUCAUCAAAAUGUAGCUCUAGGAAAUAAUGACUUAGGUAGUAUAUCCUCUGAAGAAGAGUUAGACUCUGCUGAGAGGAUUUCAAUUGCACCCCCAUUGUCUCCAAAAUUACCAACAUCAUCAUUAGAUUUAAAUACAAUGGAGGCAUCUCUUGAAGCAGAGAAUAUUGAUCUUGAAAGAGAAAGGGGACGGCAAGAACGCCUUGCAGCAAGUAUCACAGACCAGAUGUGUAUAGAAGCACAGGAGUUACUUCAGCUCUUUGGCUUACCUUACAUUGUUGCUCCAAUGGAAGCUGAAGCUCAGUGUGCAUUUCUUGAUGCAAUCUCCUUGACAGAAGGUAGCAUAACAGAUGACAGUGACAUAUGGCUUUUUGGAGGGAGAAAAGUCUACAAAAACUUUUUUAAUCAGAAGAAACAUGUACUCCAGUUUACAUCAACCAACAUAAAUCAUUACUUUAAACUUUCCAGAGAGCAGCUCAUACAACUUGCUCUGUUGGUGGGAAGUGAUUAUACUACAGGGAUUCAAGGCGUAGGUCCAGUAACAGCAAUGGAAAUAGUUGCUGCAUUCCAAUGUAAAAUAGAAUCUGAUCCCAUACAAAGCGCCUUGAAAGGGUUAAGUCAAUUCAAGGAAUGGUGGAGUUCUGGUCGUCCUCAUAAAUCAAACAACAUGAGGCUACUGGACAAAAAGUUAAAAAAUGUCAAAUUUUCAGAAGGUUUCCCAAGUCAAGCAGUUGUUGAGGCGUACUUACGUCCCUCGGUGGAGAACUCUGAGGAGACUUUUUCAUGGGGUGCACUAGAUUUACCAGCCUUAAGACUGUAUGCAAAGUCAAAGUUUGGUUGGACUGUGCAGAAAACGGAUGAAAUUUUAUUGCCUGUCUCAAAAAGAUGGUCAUCUCGAGCUAGUCAGCGCUCAAUUGAUUCCUAUUUUAAUUUUCAACCUCAUCUGGUUGAAGGCUUGAGCAAGAUGAGCAAGAGAGUUCAAAAAGCUGUUAAUUUAAUGGGAAAUGAAGAAGAUAGUGACAGUGUUGAUGAUCCUGAUCCAAAACCUACAACCUCAACAGCAACAACAAAACGAAAACCGUCUUCAAAGAAACCACGAGCAUCUAAUAACACAAAUUCUAAGAGAACCAAAGCCAAAAGCAAACGUGUGGCCUCUGAUAAUGAUGAGUCAGAUGUAGAAAUUUCUGAUAACCGUGGUCAUGAGGCAAAGAGUAACUCUGAUACUUGUGAUGAGCUCCCUGUGAGGGCCCCUUUAGUUCCCCGUGAGAGAACUUCUACAGGAGUGAAGAGGGUGGGUUUGAAAUCUUCAAAUAAUCUUCAAAUAUCAUCCACUCAAGGGGAGUCAAAAUCGACAACUCAGUUUGAAAAUUUGAGUGAGAGGAAACAAACCUGUGGUAGGCAGCUCUCAAAACAACCUGCAUCUAAAGUGAGUUCUGACGUUGAAUCUGAUGACGAGCAAAGUGCAACUUCUACAGCAAGGCAGAAUUCAAAGGGUCUUCAGAGGAAGAAAGUGCAAACUCGCAAGAAAAGUGACCAAACAAAGAGGAAACAAUUUAAAAAUUUUGAAGAGGAAGAUGUUUCAACAAAAACUGCCCCCAGAGCAUCUUCCACAAAGAUCACUAAUGCAGUGCCAAGUGGGAGUGGAUUGUUCCAUGAUUUGCCUGGUUGUAGUGGGAGUGGAUCUUCCACAGGUUUUUCAGACAGGCCUAGUGUUUCUGCAGAAGGAGCAAGUCUAUCUUCUGAACUGGCUGCCUUAACAGACAUGAACUGGGAAGAAGAUCCAUGGGGUGCAGAGAAUGUUUCUGAGGCUGUUCCUGAGCCGCAGCGCCCAAAAGUAUUCUUUGGAGGUAUACGUCCAAAUAAGCCAAGGAAACCAGCAAGGCCCAGGAUCCCAAAUCCUGUUGAGGCUGCGGAUGCAAGAGGUGUUCAGCCAGGGUGGGUCACUCGCGAGCGUCUGGAAAGCAGAACUGCCUUUGUUGAUGAUUUGGCUCGCAGAAAGAGAGAUGACAGCAUACCCCAGAGAGAGAGGGAUCAGAAAGCCAUGGAGGAAGCCAAAAUGAAAGCCAUUUCCGUGGUGAAGGCGGCUGAAGCUAGAAACGCCACAAGACUGUUGGGGAGACAACCAUCUAAGCGAGGAAAGGGAAGAGUUAAAGUGACAAGAAAAAUACUUCCUGAACACAACCUAUCAGAAAGUAGCAGUGAUGAUUGAAAUUUAUAACGAGAGUCUACCCCGAGUACCUGUACUGUUCCAGUUCCUGUAUAAUGCUUAUACUUCAAACAUUUCAUGUGAGUGAAAUAAAUGCUGUGUCAAUUAUAAUAGUAAUUUUCAAGACUG